AUGAACAAACUGCUCAUAUUAACACUUGCCUUCAUUUUCUGUUCCGCCAAAGCUCCGACAGAAACGAAAGAAGACAAUUUUGUUGUUUAUAAAGCAAUUCAUGCCAUUCUUCAAAAACAAUUCCCUCGUGAGCCAUUAAAAACUGAAUGUAUGAUUAAAGAUUUCAAAGAAAACAAUGUGACUGACAAGUUUUUUACACCAGACAUGCUGAAUGAUCAGGACAACAUUGGAAUUUGUGAAGUUAUUGAACAUUUCUACACAAAAUAUUCAAGGAAUUUAGACAUUAUAGAUUUUGGUGGAACUCACGCUGAAUUAAUUACACAAAUCAUGAAGAAUGUCAAUAGUUCAAUGGCAAUAACUAUACAGACGAUAAUAAAUUGGAAUAAAUGGAAUAUAAAACUUGAAAGUCAAUCAAUUUUGCUGUUCGAAAAUUUCAAAAAUUUAUCAUACUUUACUGAUCGAGAUUUGAUGGAUAUGAGAUACCUGAAUCCAAUCAGAUUAAUCGUUUAUUAUCCAAAUGCAAAAUUUGAAGAUAUUGUUCUUCUAAGAACCGACACUAUAAUUGCGCAUUACUUUUAUUUUAUUGUACUUAAUCAGGAAUUAAAAGCCUUGGAACUUUGUACUUUUGAUAACCGGAAUGAUUUAAAGCUUUGCACUGAGGGUCAACAACUUAUUUGUUUUAAUAAAUUUCCAUUAUUCCAACUCAAAUGGGUCAUAAAGCCUGUAUUUCGAAUAAAGCAUCAAAAUUUCCAUGGCUGCAUAAUGAAUAUUGGAAUAAAAAAUCAUACAAAUAUUUUCCUAAGUUAUUUUCGAAAUAAACAAGUCAUUAUAAAUGAGUUUCUUGCUGACUUCUUGAGAACGCUUUCAAAACAUUUAAAUUUCUUUCCAAAUGCAAAAUUAUGUCUGGAAUAUGACUGCAGCGAUCAUAUUGAUAGUACUUUUAUUUAUAAUAUUUUAAGUGUCACAACUCUUGAUGCAGCUGUUCUUGAUCACAGUAAUAAUAUGAGAUGGAUGUAUGUUAUGAUGGGACUUGAAUGCACACCAUUACUCUGCAUUCCACCAAGCAGCUUGUAUACAUCUAUGGAAAAGUUGUUUCUUCCAUUUGACAAUGAGACUUGGUACGGCAUAUGCAUCACAUUUGUAAUUAGCUGCAUUGUAAUAACAAUAUUUAAUGAAUUUCCACAAAAAAUCAAGAAAAUGGCAUAUGGCAAUACUGGUGGAACUACAGCUUUCAAUACGUUUCAAACAUUUUUCGGGAUAUCUCAUGUUGAAGUACCGAAUGGAAAUUUCGCUAGAAUUGUCAUGACUUGUUUUGUUUUUUGGUGUCUAGUCAUUAGAACUGCUUAUCAAGGAAAGCUUUUUGAGCUUACAACAACAGCAAUAAGAAAGCCUGAACUACAAACACUGAAAGAACUGAAGGACAAAAACAUCACUUUGUAUUUUUCAAGCGCCAGCUCACACUAUCCCAUGUUUGCAUAUACAAGAAAUGUCAUUAACAUGUCUUCAAAAAUUGUUCCAUCCAAAGAAUACAUAGACAUUUACAUUCAAAACCUUACAGAUCCAACAUUCACUGGUACUGUCUUAACAUGCGAUAUCGAGCAUAAACUUCACAGUUUCUUUAAACAAAUUUCUAUGCCCAGAAGAUUUGUUCCAACACCAAUUACAAAGUCUUAUUACGGAAUUGGAUUUCAACAUCCAAAUUUGUGGGCUGAAAGAUUUAAUGAAAUUGUUGAAGGUUUAGUCACUGGCGGAAUUAUGAAUUUUUAUAUUGAAAGAAUGACAAAAUCCAAAUGGAAUCUAAUGGUUGCUAAUGAAGAUCCAGAAAAAGUCGUACUUAAUAUGACCCAUCUUGGUUUUGGAUUCCAGAUUUGCUUUUUUUCAAUUUAUGUUGCACUUCUGAGCUUUACUUUGGAGAUUAUCAUUCAUUGGAUUGCAAGUCAUUCAACAGAAAUAAGCAUCGCAAUUUGUGAAAUUAUUGACAAAUUCUACUCAAAGUAUUCCCAAAAUGUAGAUAUUAUAGAUUUUGGUGGAUCAAAUAGUGAACUGGUUGGACACAUCAUUAAGAAUGUUAAUAAUUCUAUGACACUGACACUGCAGUCAUUAAUAAACACCAAUCAAUGGAAUCAAGACAUUGAAAGUCAAUCAAUUUUAUUAUUUUGCAAUUUUAAAAGUUUGUUUAAUUUUACGAAAAAAAAUUUGAUGGAUAUCCAUUUUUUGAAUCCAAUAAGGCUCGUUGUUUACUAUCCUAAUGCAAGUCUUGACGAAAUAAGAAGUCUUCAAGUUGAUUUUGUUAUUACACAUUACUACUACUUCCUUAUUUUCAACCAAAGCACCGAAACUAUUACUCUGUGGACUAUGGAUAAUCGCAAAGAUCGAAAGAUAUGCAUAGAACAUCAACAACUACUGAUCAUCAAUGAAUUCUCACUUACAAAAUUACAAUGGACAAUAAUUCCUAUUUUUCGAAAAAAGUUUACAACUUUUUAUGGCUGCACAAUGAAUAUUGGAGUUCAUUAUAUUGCAUCUUUUUUUCGAACCACUUAUAAAACAGGACAUACAGUUCCAAACAGCUUUCUACUUGAUUUUCUAGACUCAUUGUCUAAACAUUUAAAUUUUAUUCCAAAAAUUUAUUUUUGCUUUGAAUUGGAUUGUAGAUAUCAUAGAAAUAAGGGCAUUGAAAUUUACAAUGUUUUAAUUACCACAACAAUCAAUGGAGUUUCUCUCCUUUAUUUGAAUGACACGAGGUGGACACAAGUGAUGAUGAAUGCUGACUGCACUCCAGUUCUUUACAUACCACCAAGCAACUUCUACACAUCUUUAGAAAAAACUUUACUUCCAUUUGAUAAUUAUUUCUGGUAUGGUAUAUGGGCAACUAUCAUUUUAUAUUGUAUCAUCAUCUUAAUUUGCACUAAUAUUCCGAAAAAUAUUAAAAUAAUGACAACGAUAAGCACCAGUGACACUACAGCUUUUCAUACUUUUAGAUUCAAAAUUCUGAAUGGAAAUUUCAUAAGAUUAACCAUGAUUAGCUUUACAUUUUGCUACUUUGUUAUAAAAGUAGCUUUUCAAGGAAAACUUUAUGAGUUCACAACAACAGCAAUAAGAAAACCUGAAAUUAAAUCACUGGAAGAGUUAAGGGACAACAAUUUUACAUUUUUUAUCUCAGAAAUCGUUGAACAAUAUGAAACUUACGGGCGAUUACACAUUAAAAAGGUCAUUAAUUUGAGCACUAAAGUUGUUUCUAAUACAGAAUUCAUCAACAUUUACUACGAAAAUCUUACAGAUCCAUCAUUUACUGGCACAAUUCUUACUUGUGAUCUUGAACACAAAAUGAGUAAUUUUUACAGACAAAUUGCAAUGCCUGAAAGAUUUGUUCCAACAUCAUUUGGAAAGUCAUAUUAUGGAAUUGGAUUUCAAUAUCCUAAUUUGUGGGCUGAAAGGUUUAAUGAAAUUGUGGAAGGUUUAGUAACUGGAGGAAUUAUGAAUUUUUAUAUUGAAAGAUUGACAAAGUCUAAAUGGAAUCAAAUGGAAGCUAAUGAUCAUUCAGAAAAGACCAUGCUUGAUAUGACUAAUCUAAGUUUUUGUUUUCAAAUUUGCUUUUUCUUACUUUAUCUCUCAUUUGUGCUGUUUAUUUUCGAACUCAUCGUAAAUUGGACAGGAAAAUUUCUUGAAAGAUUUAGAACCGUCAAGGACAGUCAAAUAGGAAUCAGCAUUGUCAAUAAAGAUUUAAUAAAUAGUUAUGCAACUUUAACAUCGAUCAUUACAAAAGGAAACUUUAUGUCUGAGAGCAACAUGAUGGCAUUAAUAGAAAGUCAAUCAUCACAAUCAUUCAAUGCUCUUUUUGGACGAAAAGUGGAGCUAACGGAGGCUGAUGUCACUGAAUAUGUUGAUGGAAUUGUUAUGGAUUUCCUGCAGUAUAUAAUAGAAGAUCAUGUAAAUUGA